AUAUAUUCAAAAUGGAAGAAGUGCCAAAGUUUUGGAGGGGAACGGGGGAUCUACGUUUCUCUGCCCCGUGAGGACCCGUGCACCGGCCGUCCAUGAGCUCCCCGCACCGAGGAACUAUAGGACAAACCCCGCAUGAAGCCGCGAGGCGAUAAACAGGCGCCAUGAGUGUUUCUAUCGGAGAAAAGAUCGAGGACUUUAAGGUCCUCACCCUCCUCGGGAAAGGCUCCUUUGCAUGUGUGUACCGGGCAAAAUCGGUAAAAACGGGUCUGGAGGUUGCCAUCAAAACGAUUGACAAAAAAGCGAUGCAGAAGGCCGGUAUGGUCCAGCGUGUGACAAACGAGGUGGAGAUUCACUGCCGAUUGAAACACCCUUCAAUACUCGAGCUCUACAACUACUUUGAGGACAGCAACUAUGUGUACUUGGUGUUGGAGAUGUGCCACAAUGGAGAGAUGACUCGGUACCUUAGAGAGCACAAGACGCCUUUCUCUGAGGAUGAAGCGAGACAUUUGAUGCAUCAAAUAGUGAAAGGUAUGCUGUAUUUACAUACUCACGGCAUCUUGCAUCGAGAUCUGACCUUGUCCAACCUUCUGCUGUCCAGCAACAUGAACAUUAAGAUAGCAGACUUUGGUCUGGCGACUCAGCUCAAGCUCCCGAAUGAAAAGCACUUCACCAUGUGUGGAACCCCCAACUACAUCUCCCCAGAGGUGGCCACUCACAGCGCUCAUGGUUUGGAAUCAGAUGUCUGGUCACUGGGCUGCAUGUUCUACGCCUUCCUGAUGGGGCGCCCUCCAUUUGACACGGACACAGUCAAGCACACCUUGUCCAAAGUGGUUCUUGGUGAAUAUGAGAUGCCAAGUCAUAUUUCUCUAGAGGCUCAGGAUCUGAUCCAUCAGCUGCUCCAGAGGGACCCCAACCAGCGGCCCAGCCUCUCUGCAGUGCUGGACCACCCGUUCAUGACCCACAGCCUGCUGGUCAGGACCAAGGAGCUGGUGCUGGGGGAUGAAGGAUCCAUGGACAGCGGUAUCGCCACCAUCUCCCCAGCUUGCACCUCCUCCACCUCAGCCGGCAGCCGCCUCCAGAGGAGAACCAGGCACAUGAUUGGCCCUGCCCUGCCUAAUCGCAUGAUGCCCAUUCCAAACCUGCAACGCCAACCCGUCAGCGCCUGCUAUGAGGACGGAGACCAGUGGCAUAUGCAGCAUCCGGCAGACCGAUUUCAUAGAGAGGGCAGGAGCAGGGCCUUCCCUGGUGGAGAGGGCGGACAGCCUCAUUCUCGAUACCUGAGGAGGGCUCAUUCCUCAGAUCGCUCUGGCUCUUGUUCAUCAGGACAGGGGUCAAGUCAUGAGCUGGAGAGAUGCCACUCAGAGGACACCCUGACUGUUGUUAGAAGACCAGUCUUCUCCAUGCCCUCCACCCAACAUCCAUUUUCAGAACAUGGAAGACUCCCAUCUCCUCCAGUCAAACAAUUAGCAAAUUCUGGGUAUUCGUUAUCCACACAGACGGCACAUCCACCAAGCCUGCAAUUUCAGGACCUGGAGGGAGUCACCAACUGGCUCAAUAAUGAUGGCUCUGGGCAGAGGCCAGCAGACGGCAGCACUCACAGUAGCAGCAGCAGCAGAGGACCUUUAGGGGUUCACAACUCCUGGUCAGAUAAGCCCAUGGGCCGAGGUGUGAAUCCACACCACAGCCACAACCAUCUGCACCACCAGCUGUCCUCCAACCCUGAUUCAUACAAAGAGAAUAUACCUGGAGCAGAGUUCCAGCCUCUUCACGGCAGAGAGUUAAAACCUCCUUCAGCCAAACCCAGCACAGAUAAGGAGAAGAAAACGCUGAGAGACAUAAUCCUGCCUCUGUGUGCGGCCAGGCUGAAGCCUAUCAGACAGAAGACCAAAAAUGCUGUUGUGAGCAUCAUGGACACAGGUGAAGUGUGUAUGGAGUUGUUAAAGAACCACUGUGGUCAAGAGAGAGUGAAAGAAGUCCUCCGGAUCUCCUGCGAUGGUUCAAUGGUGACCAUAUACCAGCCUAACAAUGGAAAGGGUUUUCCUGUGCUUGACUGCCCCCCCGCUCCUCCAGAAGACAUUCUGAUUUGUAGCUAUGACGAUCUUCCAGAAAAAUACUGGAAGAAAUACCAAUACGCCUCCAAGUUUGUGCAGCUUGUGAAAUCCAAGACUCCUAAAGUGACGCUUUACACCAAGUACGCUAAGGUCAUGCUGAUGGAGAACACUCCCAGCGCAGACCUGGAGGUUUGCUUUUUUGACGGAGCAAAGACCCACAAGACGUCAGAGCUGGUGCGAGUUGUGGAGAAGAGUGGGAAGUCGUACACAGUGAAGGGCGAGGUGGGUCUGAGCGGCCUGAGCCCAGAGAGCAGGCUCUACGUGGAGCUGUCGGACGAGGGCCACAGCAUGUGUCUGUCACUAGAGGCCGCCAUCACCGCAGAGGAGCAGCACAGCACCAAGAACGUCCCUUUCUUCCCCAUAACCAUCGGCAGGAGACCUGCAAACCCAGACUCCCCGUGCUUGUCGACCCUGCACCCCCACCCGGUGCCCCAUGAUUCAGCUUCACCUCCUCAUCCUCCACAGAUAACUCCUUCAAUGAUGUCAUACGAUGGGUCAGAUUUCACCACAGCCAGCAUGAGUAAGAAAAGCUCCCCUGUGCGACAGGACCUGGUGCAAAGCACAGGAAAAGUGGUGAAGUCAAUAUUUGUGCCAAAUGUUGGAUGGGCAUCUCAGCUGACGAGUGGAGAGGUGUGGGUUCAGUUCAACAACGGCUCUCAGCUGGUGGUUCAGGCUGGAGUUUCCUGCAUCACCUACACGUCUCCAGAGGGGAAGAUCACCAGGUAUAAAGAGAACGAAAAGUUGCCGGAGCACGUCAAGGAGAAGCUUCACUGUCUCUCCACCAUCCUCGGACUGUUGGCGAACCCGACUGCACUUCACCUCCACCCUCAGUAACAUUUGGUGAUUUUACAAACCAACAACAUCCCGGCAGCUGAGCCCUGAACUGAAAGUAGCAUUAGAAACCUUUACACUGUCAUUUGUCUGGCCUUCCUGUAAAUAUAUCUGUGUUUUUUUACUUGUACAGAGGACUGAGAUUAUGAAAAUAUAUUUUUAAUAGAAAAAUUUUGUAUGCAGUCAAUUGGCCUUCUUGUAAAAGUGUAUGUGUUUGUCUUUUUCUUUCUUAUGUCUGUCUUCAAUCCUAUGAAAUGUUAGAUUCAGAAAUGCUGAAGCAAUAAACAUCUGGAGGCUGA